AUGACAAGUCGAGGCCCCCUAACCGCCUACCUGCUAUCAAGUACCCCCAAUGCGCUGAAGCGCGCAACAACCCACCCCUUCCUCUCCUCCGCCGGCCGCGGCACCCUCCCAAAAUCCCAACUAAGCCAAUGGCUCUCGCAAGACCGACUCUACGCCCAAUCCUACAUACGCUUCAUCGGCCUCCUCCUCUCAAAAAUCCGCCUCCCAGCCCAAAACCCAACAUCAGCAGGCCCAGAACAAAACGCCGUAACCGUCCUCAUCGACGCCCUCGUCAACAUCCGCACAGAACUCGCCUUCUUCGAAAAAACUGCAAAUGACUACGGCCUCGACCUAACCGCUAUCUCCGCUGAAGAAGGUAGCUGCACACUCACAUCCUGCGGGCUGGGCUCGGAUAUCACUACCUCCGUUGGAAUCUCCACCACCGGCUCCGGAAGUUGUCCCGGUUUCACGGGCGGCGAGGGCGAAGGGCUGCUAGGGAAUGGGAAUGGGAAUGGCACUGGCGGCGCGUGUCUUGCGUCCACUGAUGAGAAACCCAGCGCGCCUGGCCACGGUCUGUGUUUGAGUCAGGGGGAGUGUCAGAUGCCGUCCGGGGGCGAGGUUUGUGCGCCUGGACCGCAGUUCAAUGAGACUGGACGGGGCGUGGAGCCUGCUGUGGGUGGGGAUGUUGGGGGGAAGGUUGAUGUGCAGGGUGGGGAGCGGUGCGGGACUAUUUUCUUCUGUGCGAAUCGGACGACUAGGGCUUAUAUUGAUAUGUUUAUGUCUGCUGGGAGUAGUGGGGUUUCUAUUUUGGAGGGGUUGGCGGUGUUGUGGGCUACGGAGGUUUGUUAUUUGAAGUCUUGGAGGUUUGCGGCAGGGUGUAUGCGGGAGGAUGGGGAGAGGGAUUAUAAGAAGGAUGCUGACGGGGGUGCGUUGAGGGAGAAGUUUAUUGAGAAUUGGGCGAGUGUUGAGUUUGAAGGGUUUGUUGAUCGGAUUGGGGAUGUUGUUGAUGAGAUGGCGGGGCAGAUUAAGGGGGCGGAGGAGUUGGAGAUUACGCGGGGAAGGUGUUUGGAGUGGUGGAGGCAGAUUGUUUGGUUGGAGGAGAAUUUUUGGCCGUCGGUUGCUGAAUGA